ACUCUCCCAUUUUUUAGGACACAAGGAGCAGGGAUUCUUAUCCCUCCUUUUGAUGCAGGGAAGACACAGCCUAGAGAAGGCAAAUCUCAGAAUAGUGAUUUUGUUUUAAGCCCUCCAAGAGACAUGUAGGCAAGGGUAUGAAUGGUCUGGAUGACCCCAGAGCUGCAGCCACAGUCACGGGAGGGACCUAGCUGGGUCAUUCUGGCUAAUUCUACCCCUGGCUCUCAGCCCCUCCCUCUGUCCCAAGACAUAAUGCCUAGCCCUUCUUGAGAAGACUUCCUCUAUGCUUCUCUUCUCUAAGUUAGGAAAGAGAGGAAGUGAUCAAUUGGAGCGCUCCAACCUGUUGAGAAAUUGGGGGUUCUUGGAGGCCCUUCAGGGCCUGCCUCUGACAAAGCAUCUGCAAUUAAUGAUGCUUCUUGAGCUCUGGAGACAGGAUUUAUGCAUCUAAUAAAGUCUAUAACUCCAGGCCUUGGGGCUGGGAGCCGGAGGCUGGGAGCAGGAAGUCCCGGGGGUGCCAUGGGAGGGGGUCCCAGGCGGCUCCUAAUGGAGCCGUGAGUUUCCAUUGCCUGCUCUAGAGCCUCCCCCCCCCCCCCCCCCCCCCCCCCCCCCCCCCCCCGCUCCCGAUGCUACUGUGGGGCGGGGGCCAGAGCACAGCGGGUAUAAGAGGCAGUAUAGCUGCAGGAAGGCACAUGGCAGGAUGGAUUCUAGGAGGGCAGCGGUGCUGUUGCUGCUGCUGCUGACAGACUGGGGCUAUGCCCAAGGCCCAGGCAGCCAAGACAAAGGACACCAGAUAUUCGUGGAGGAAGACAGCAGGCUCCGCCCGCUGCAGGAGGCCCAGACCCCUGGGUCAUUCCUGCAUUCCCUGCUCCAGGCCAUGCAGAGACCAGGCCGCAGCUCAGCCUUUCGGUUUCAGCCCCAGAGGUUUGGCAGAAACACCCGGGGCUCCUGGAGCAGCGAACAGUUGGGUCCCCGAGCUGGGGAGGGGCUCAGCUCCCCAUUCUGGAGCCUGGCUGCACCCCAACGCUUUGGGAAGAAGUGACAUGUCAUCCCUUGAUAUGUUUGCAUGCAAGGCACACAACUGAAAGUGCCAUGUCUCCCUUACCCACCCACCCC